UAAAAAGCACAGAACUGGGAGCUGCGGCACUGAGCUGCAAAUCUAAGACAGCUAUUGCAACAAAGAAUUAUUGGACUAUAAUUUAGUGAUUCAAGGAGACAACCACACGCUGCAAUGUCUCAGGACCACAAAGCAGAGGAGGACAUAAAUAUUAAUAUGAUCAGAUGCUUUAGGAAACGGCUAAUUGAGACCAUCGAUGUGUCAUCAGUGCUAGACAGUCUGCAUUCACUGGAGAAAGAGGUGAAGGAACGGAUAAAAUGUACAAAGAUCAAUGAAGGAGACGUUGCAGCUGCGCGACUGUUCUUAGACCACUUAGAGAAGGGUCCCAGACCACCUGGCUGGUUUGAAGAUUUGGUCACAGCGCUUAAAAAUGGGCAGUGCACUGUGGCUGCUAUGUACAUUAAAAGUGAGGAUAUACCUUCUCCUUCUUUAGAGGCCAAAUAUGACUGUUGUGAGAAGCUCAUUCAGAUUCUUUGCCCAGAGCUGGUGCAAAAUAUUCUCCCAGAAGAGACAGCGUUGAAGUGUCUAGAAAAGGGCAUUUGCACCAAUGAAGACAUGGAUGCGAUAACUGCUGUGACUCGAAACCGUAGCUCUAGAGAUGGAAAUCGAGAACUCCUCAGCAGAAUAACCAAAAAGAAAAAUUGGUUUCCAAUCUUUGUGGACAUAUUACGUCAAAUGGGUUGUGAUGACCUUAAAAUGUUUGAGGAUGACAUAGCAGGUGAGAGCAGUGAAAUAACAAAACCACUGGAAGAACCCACAGACCAGAACAGCAUCACCGGGGAAAAUAACACUAUCUGUGAUGUGCACAUAGAAUACAAGGAGAAUGAAAACCAUGACCUAAGAAGUGGCAAUAUCAUUCUGCAGAGUUCUGCUCAGUCGGCAGAAGAGAACAGUGGAAUGACAAAACCACAUGAAGAAACCAUAGACAAAAAUGGUGUAGCUGGUGAAGAUAAAAUCUGUGUUCCCAUGCAACACAAAGAGAAUGAAAUGAGUGACUUAGAAAACGUGGCACAGGCCAGCAUUCUACACAGUUCUACGUCAUCAGACGACAACAAGAACACAAGUGGUGCUUCAUCAAUGCCUGGAUUAACACUACGAGAUUAUCAAAUGGAAGUGGCAAGACCAGCUUUGGAAGGAAAGAAUAUUAUAGUGUGCCUCCCUACAGGGAGUGGAAAAACCAGAGUGGCUGUAUACAUCACAAGGGAUCACUUGGAAAAGAGAAGGAUGAGUGGUCUCAUGGGAAAAGCUAUUGUUUUGGUCAAUAAGGUCCCUUUAGUGGAUCAGCUGUUUAGCAAAGAGUUCCGUCCCUUGCUAAAGGAUAGUUAUCAAGUCAUUAAAAUAAGUGGAGAUUCACCACAGAAGAUUACAUUUCCCAAAGUAGUUAAAAAUAAUGAUGUAAUUAUCUGCACAGCUCAGAUUCUGGAGAAUUACCUUAUAAAAUCAGCUAAAGAUGAAGAAGAGGGAGUCAAACUGUCUGACUUUUCCCUUUUAAUUAUUGAUGAAUGUCACCACACUCAGAAGGAAGCUGUAUAUAACAGUAUCAUGACACGGUAUAUAAAACAGAAGCUCAAAAGCCUUAACAGCAGCAAAACACAGGACCCAGAAGUUCAACUACCUCAAAUUGUAGGACUAACAGCUUCUCCUGGAGUAGGGGGAGCUUCAGAUACUAUAAAAGCUGUAGAACACAUUCUGAAGAUUUGUGCCAAUCUUGAUGCAUGUGAGAUCAAGACUGUUAAAGAGAAUUUCUGUCAACUGCAGAACUUAGUGAAAGAACCAGUAAAGAAGCACGAGAUUGCAGAGGAGAAGAAGGAGAAUCCAUUUGAGGAAAAAAUAAAAGAAAUAAUGCUGAAAAUUCAGAACUACAGCCAGUUAUAUCCAACUUCUGAACUGGGAUCACAGUCUUAUGAACAGUGGGUUGUACAAAAAGAGAAAUCAGCUGCCACAGAAGAAAAGCGAAAGGAGCAUGUUUGUGCAGAACACCUAAGGAAAUACAAUGACGCUUUGCAGAUCAAUAACACAAUUCGCAUGGAUGAUGCAUUAAUGCACCUUAUCAAAUUUUAUAAUGAAGAAAAGAACAAGAAAUAUAUUUUGAGUGAAACCAAUGGUUCUCCAGGGUUCUUCAAAGCUGAUGAAACAGAUAGUUAUCUUAUUGAUUUAUUUUAUGAUUAUAAGGGUGACCUGGAGAAGAUGGCUCGAAAUCCAGAAUAUGAGAAUGAAAAGCUUGUUAAACUCCGGCGAACCCUGCUGGAAGAGUUCACUAAAAAAAGUGAAGCUAGAGGAAUUAUAUUUACUAAGACGAGGCAAAGUGCUGCUGCCCUAUAUAACUGGAUCUGCGACAAUGACAAGUUUAAAGAAGUGGGAAUACGAGCUCACUACCUCAUUGGUGCAGGAAAUAAUAGUGAUUUUAAAGCCAUGACACAGAAUGAACAAAAGAAAGUGAUCAAUAAAUUUAGUACCGGUGAACUUAACCUAUUGAUUGCAACAACAGUAGCUGAAGAAGGUUUGGAUAUUAAGGAAUGCAACGUUGUUAUACGAUAUGGUCUUGUCACUAAUGAAAUUGCUAUGGUACAGGCACGAGGUCGAGCCCGAGCUGGUGAUAGCACCUAUGUACUGGUAGCCUCUAGUUCCUCAGGAGCGGCUGAGCAUGAAGAUGUUAACGAAUAUAAAGAGAAGAUGAUGCACAAAGCUAUUCAAACAGUGCAAAAUAUGGACCAUGAUUCUUAUAUUAAAAAGAUUCGUUUAUUUCAAAUGCAAAGCAUAACUGAAAAAAGACUGAAGAGAAUAAAAAAAAAGACCAAAACAUAUCAGAGUGAUCCUUCAAUGGUAAAAUUCCUUUGCAGAAAGUGCAGUAAAUUUGUUUGUUCAGGAAAGGACAUUCAGGUGAUAGAAAACAUGCAUCACGUGAACACUGCGCCAGAUUUUAAAGAGAGCUACAGCAAGAAAGAAAAUUCAACACUGCUAGAAAAAUUAGGAGAUUGCCAAACAAGAGGCGAGAUCAUUUGCAAAACAUGUGGCCGGACCUGGGGGCCAAUAAUGGUAUACAAAGGAUUUAAGCUACCAUGCUUGAAAAUUUGUAACUUUGUUGUUAAAUAUGACGACAAAAAAGAAGCUACUAAUACCUAUAACCAGUGGAGUGAAUUACCAAUCCGUUUCCCAGCCUUUGAUUACAGCGGUCCCUUUAGUUUAAGUGAUGAUGAUGAGGAUGACGAAUAGGACAUCAAAGGGAACCUCAUGUAUUCUCCAUUAAUAAAGACAUAUUUGUUUUAAUUAUAUGUUCUUAACAUUUUCCAGCAUAUGGACCAAAACUUUGCACUUUAAAUUUAGACUGCAUGUUGUAAAAAUACUCAAUGCUACGUGCAACGUUACAGAAUUGAAUUAUAUAUAUAAUUUCUAUAGCUAAUGUAUUACGGUAUUUUGCAAAUAUGAAUAUUUAAAAAUGGUAUUUUUUAAAUAAUAUAUAUAUUCAUUCUAUAGUCAUAUUUCAGGAUUAGUUUGGAAUGUAUUACUUUAUUUUUGCUUCGGAAUGGUAAAAUAAUAGUGUUUGUUACAGAUAGGCUGUAUUUGUUUUGCACUAAUCAUGUAAAAAACAGUAUGACAUUUUUGUGUGGUUAACCUUAUGAUCUUCAUGACAUAAUUGUGAGCGCAUAGCUUUUUUUAUAAAAAAAAAAUUGUAAUACAAAAGAAAAAUACACAGAAAUUGUUAUAUAAUAGAUGUUACAUCUUCUCAUUCAGGGCCAGAUUAUCUAAAGCUAUUUUGGCUUACAAGAUUCUCUUAGAGUCAUUGGAAUUCUCUAAGGCAGUUUUUACCUUGAGAAAAGUCUCACAAAGGAAUGUUCCUAGCCUUUAAGUAUGUGAAGCAGAUGCACAUAUUACAAUAAGGCCCACAAAAAAAUCAUAAUUUAAAAUGUAUGAAUGAAUAAAUGAAAUCUUUAAAUAAAUGAUGGAGUAAAAAAUUGUUAAUAAAGCGUUCUCUAUUUUUUA